UACACACACACCCGCCAGCCACCCGCUCUCACCUACCCGACAGCCAACCCCUAUCGGUCACACUGCACCAAACUUAUCAUGCGCUCCUCUGACUAUCGUCUCAAAACCAAACAAGAUAUUAAUUAAUCCCUUUUAUAGUGUAUGUGGAAAACAGAGGAUAACUGGAGGUUGCAGGUGUAUGAAACAUGUGACUGCCGCGAGAUCUGAACCCGGACGUGAUCCUAGCAGCGCCAUCUGUUGCUGGGAGUCCCUGGACAUGACUGUGCUGUGGGGGAGGCGGGUGUGAGGACUCCUCAGGUGGCAGGGAGGCUGGUGGUGGCCUGCCUCCACAAACAAACCUUUACUACAAACAAAACAAACAAGAAGGCGCACGUCGUGUCUGGAGAACGUGACAUAAUAAGGCAAACAACACGACGAUGAUAGGAAGUGAAUCAAUAGUCUACACCAGAGAAAAAUAAAUAACGUGGUGUUGAGUUUUGAGCAGAAAACCCGAGUGUAAACACAGCUGUUCGAUUGUAAACACAGCUGUUCGAUUGUAAACACAGCUGUCCAAGUGUAAACAUAGUUGUCCGAGUGUAAACACAGCUGUUCGAGUGUAAACACAGCUGUUCGAGUGUAAACACAGCUGUCCGAGUAUAAACACAGCUGUUCGAGUGUAAACACAGCUGUCUGAGUGUAAACACAGUUGUCUGAGUGUAAACACAGCUGUCUGAGUGUAAACACAGCUGUCCGAGUGUAAACAAAACUUGUUACAAGUAUUUGGGAAUUCUGAGCAUUAUAAAUAUUAAGCCUCAGUGUUCACAAAUCGCUGGUUUAUUGCGUCUAUGACUUCCCCUCACGCGUGAGGGGCGAGGGAGGGGAGGCAGCGAGGGACGCUAAGGACCGCGGACCAGAGAUAUUGAACUGCUCCCUCAAACAAAUUAACUAUUAAAUAUAUAACGUUUCUACGGAAACAAAGGCAAUAUUUUUGUUCGUUAACGAACUUAAAAUUUUUAAUUUGUAUCUACAAUUCAAUUUUAAAAAGAUUAAUCGUAAUAAUUUAUGUAUAUUAGGUACUGGCAAUAGAUGAGAAAGAGAGAGACUGCCGCAGUGCCAUAAUGUGUUAUCUGGCCGCCUCAUGUGGCACCGUACAGCAGUUUACAACUCUGAACGAGGUUGUGAGUCGAUAAAACUAUGUUGCAUUGCAUUUAGUGAUAGAACAAAACCUGCUUUUAGUGUCUUAUACUGGCUGAAAACUGCGGUAUAUAGAAGUUGCCCGAAAUCAAAUAAUAGUUUUUUACGCGAGCAUCAGUUUAUGAUGCCUCACAUUGAUAUGUGAGGGUAAUGAACAGUUUACGACACUAACGACUAGGUUACAACCUCCCCCCCCCUCCCCUCUGGGUGACAGUUUGUGGCGUCUAGUGAAAGUUUGUGACACCAGGCAGCAGACUGAGUGUGUACCAAACUGGCACCCCUUAUGAAACAACCAUUUGUGUGUAAAAGAUGUAAUAAUUGAUGAUAAGAGGCUAUAGUUUGUGACAGGAGAUAGCAGUGUGUGACAAAAGCCAGUAGUUUGUGACGUGUGAUAAUAAUUUGCGAGUAAAUCAGUGUGCGGUACUUUGACGUAACAAGGAAAGAUUAAGGGCUGUAGCCCCGGCACAGCUUGUCAUCUGAUUAGGGGCUCUUGACAUUGCUCAUACACAGCUUGUCAUCUGAGGCAGUGUCAGCGGAAGGGUAGGUGAGGUGGGGGAGAUAUGCUUGUAGACACAUCGUAGCACAGUGUACAUUCCCCGAACACUUGCACCAAGACAACGUGGCAGAUGCACGAGACAUCUGGAGAGUGUUAAGAGACGCUCAGGACGUGCACAGGAGGUGUUUAUUUGGUACUUGGGUGAGAGUGUGUAGUUGCUGAAGACUUAGGAGACGUGAGAAUCUGUGAGGUGAUACAGUGUGGGCCAGAGACUACACCACAGGGAAGAAGGUACUGUGAGAACACGAAAGCGUCGUACAGUGUGGGUCAGCCGGAGCCCCAGAGCCGCUAUUUCCCAUGGAAAUAACAUGUUAACUUGAUGAGAGAAGCUGUCAAGAGCCGCUCGGCCGGCGCCGGAGACAGGCAGAGAAAUCUUUAUUUCGCUCCGCGUGCGGCGUUGAUGGUGUGGCGUUGCUGGCCCGCCAGCAGGAGAGAUGAGUGGUGUUGUCCUCGUCCUGUGGGAGAGAUGAGUGGUGUUGCCGCUUGGUAUCGUCAGCUGGUACAGCGGAGCAGGUGGCGUGCGUGAGGCAGGUGGCUACCAUGGCUGCCGCCAACGUCACCCACUGGUACCAGGGGCCCACCACCCUCAGGUUCCUCAACACCUCCUGGAUUUUCGAUGACGACUAUGAUUUCGACAGUUACCCCGACGACCCGGCCGAUAACACCUACGUCAACACCAGCGUCGCCGUCAACGCCUCGUCGUACCUGCCCGGGAGGGAGAGGGCGGGAGAUUCGUGGGCUGACGUCAGCACCAACGCCCUGGUGGAGGCGGUGGUCAAGUCGGUGGUGCUGGCGACCAUCGUGGUGCUGACCAUCGGCGGCAACGUGCUGGUGCUGCUGGCGGUGUUCAUGUCGCGCAACCUGCGCUCCUCGACCCACUACCUCAUCGUCAACCUGGCCGUGGCCGACCUGCUCCUCGGCACCACCGUCCUGCCCUUCAGCGCCACCCUCGAGGUGUCCGGCAAGUGGUACUUUGGAGAGGUGUUCUGCGGGGUGUGGGCGACGGCCGACGUGCUCUGCUGCACGGCCUCCAUCUGGUCGCUCUGCGUCAUCUCCCUCGACCGCUACAUCGGGGUGACGCGGCCGCUUGCGUAUUCUACCAUCAUGACGGAGCGGCGGAUGUGCGUGCUGAUCGCCGCGGUGUGGGCGCUCGCCACCGUCAUAUCCAUCGGGCCCGCCUUCGGGUGGAAGACUCCGCCCGACCCCGACCCGACGGUGUGCACAGUGAACCAGGAGCUCGGGUACGUGCUGUUCUCGGUGACGGGGUCCUUCUACCUGCCAAGCCUGUGCAUCCUGGCGGUGUACUGGCGCAUCUACCGCGCCGCCAUCCAGCAGUCCCAGUUCCUGGAGCGCGGCGUCAAGACCACCAAGACCUCCGUCACGCUCAGGGUCCACCGCGGCGGCGACGCCAGGCUCACGCUGCGGGCGCACCGUGGCGGCAUGGGCGUCGGCAUCGCUGCGGGGAUGGCAGCCGGGCUGGCCACGGGCGUGGGCGGGCUCAACGGGCAUUGUCUGGUCAACGGGCCGCUCAAGCCGCCGGAGCCCGAGAAGCGUGGCCUGAGGAUGCACCGGGGCAAGGGCAUGGCCAAGUUGAUGCCCCCGACGCCCCACCUGCGGCUGGCCAUGACGCCCCUCAACUGGCAGGACACCCGCCUGGACGAGGGCGGCCGAGGGAGGUCCCAGCGGCGGCAGGACCAAGAGGGAGACGCCGCCCAGGACCAGGAGUCACCAUCUACCUCGCCCGAGCGCCGCCUGGCCGGACCCCCAGGCAAGAUGGCCAAGUUCCGCAGGCAGAAGAAGGCGGCCAAGACGCUGGGCAUCGUCGUCGGCGUUUUCCUCCUCUGCUGGUUCCCCUUCUUCUUCAUACUUCCCCUCGGUGAGUACCCCAACUCUCUCCCUUCCCCAUCCUCCCCUCGGUGA